UGGCCGCGCGUCGCGAUGGGCGGCGGCGCCGUGCGGAUGCUGCUGCUGCUCUUGGGGCUGCUGCACUGGGGCCCCGGCGGGGAGGGCAGGAAAAGCUGGAGGCGGCGCGGGCAGCAGCAGCAGCCGGCGGCGGCGGCGGCAGCCCGGGAGCGGAGCGAGGCCGCCGGGCAGCCGGUGGAGAGCUUCCCCUUGGACUUUACCGCCGUCGAGGGCAACAUGGACAGUUUCAUGGCUCAGAUCAAGAGCCUGGCGCAGUCGCUGUACCCGUGCUCGGCGCAGAACCUGCACCAGGAGCUGAGGCGCCACUGGCUGCUCAACAGUUCGGUCGCUUGCAACGACGGCAGCCCGGCCGGCUACUACCUCAAAGAAUCGAAAGGCAGUAGAAGGUGGCUGCUAUUCCUGGAAGGAGGCUGGUACUGCUUCAACAGAGAGAACUGCAACACUCGCUAUGAAACAAUGAGAAAACUUAUGAGCUCCAAGGAGUGGCCCAUGUCCAAAACUGGAACUGGCAUUCUGUCAUCACAACCAGAGGAAAAUCCACACUGGUGGAAUGCAAAUAUGGUUUUCAUCCCGUAUUGCUCAAGCGAUGUCUGGUGUGGAGCCUCUGCCAAGACCGAGAAAAAUGACUAUGUCUUCAUGGGAUCUCUCAUCAUACAAGAGGUUGUAAAGGAAUUGGUGGGGAAAGGCCUUGGAAAUGCCAAGGUGCUGCUGCUGGCAGGAAGCAGUGCUGGUGGAACAGGGGUGCUCCUGAAUGUGGAUCGUGUAGCAGAGCAGCUGGAAGAGAUGGGGUAUCCUGGGAUUCAGGUCCGUGGCCUGGCAGACUCUGGCUGGUUCUUGGAUAAUAAACAAUAUCGCAGAACAGACUGCAUUGAUAGCAUAACCUGCGCCCCCACAGAAGCCAUCAGGAGAGGACUUAGAUAUUGGAAUGGAAUUAUUCCAGAACGUUGCAAAAUGCAGUUUAAAGAGGGCGAGGAAUGGAAUUGUUUCUUUGGCUAUAAAAUUUAUCCCACUCUCCGAUCUCCUGUUUUUGUGGUGCAGUGGCUCUUUGACGAAGCUCAGCUCACUGUAGACAAUGUACAUUUGACUGGCCAGCCAGUACAAGAGGGACAGUGGCUUUACAUACAGAAUCUGGGCCGUGAGCUGAGGAACACUCUCAAGGAUGUGACUGCCAGCUUUGCUCCAGCUUGUUUGUCUCAUGAGAUCAUCACACGCACUCACUGGACAGACAUCCAAGUGAAAGGGACCUCUUUACCCCGUGCUUUGCACUGCUGGGACCGCAGCCUACACGACAGCAACAAGAACGGGAAAGCCCCACUGAAAGGCUGCCCCAUCCAUUUGAUUGACAGCUGUCCCUGGCCACACUGCAAUCCCUCAUGCCCUACCAUUCAGGACCAAUACACAGGGCAAGAGAUGAAUGUGAUCCAGUUUCUCAUGCACAUGGGUUUUGAUGUGCAGAAGAUGGCACAGCAGCAGGGCCUGGAACCAAGUAAACUCCUGGGGAUGCUGAGCAGUGGUAGCUAGGAGAAUUUUCCACUAAGGAGGACCAAGUGACUGCCUGAAGUGAAGGGGCCUUUUCGUUCCUUUCUCAAACUUUCUGCCUGCCUUGCCCGCUUUCACUACACAAGCAACUACACAGACACACAGGCAAACUCAUGCACGCACCCUCUGGUACAGUUUGUGUAUCAAGAUAAAAGGAA